AUGUACACAGCAAGCCAGAAGCAGUACAGUGCAGAGAGCUAUCAGGAGCUCCAGGUGAUGAGGUUCGCUGUGGAGGAAAUCAAUAAUUCCACCAGCCUCCUUCCCAACAUUUCCCUGGGCUAUGAGAUCUAUGAUUAUUGUUCCGAUUUCCUGAAUUUCAUGGUUGCCUUUGAUUUCCUUUCCACAAACUUCACUGGAUCCCUGUAUGUCACUAAGUACUUCAAGGACUAUCAGCCCAAAGUGACAGCCUUGAUUGGCCCUUUUGGAAGCACUGAAAACAUUAUACUCUCACCUGUGUUCAUGGCCUACCUCCUUCCUGUGAUAAGUCACGGAGCGUCAAGCAUUUUGCUAAGUGACAAACAGCGUUAUCCCUCCUUCCUCCGCACCAUUCCCAGCGACAGGAAUCAAGUGCGGGCCAUCCUGCAGAUCCUGCACCGCUUCGGGUGGCGAUGGAUCGCGCUCAUCGGCGGCAACGACGACUACAGCCGCAACGGGCUCCAAGCUCUGAAGGAGGAGAUGAGCCCCUAUGACAUCUGUGUGGCUUACGAGUCCACCAUCCCCACAGAAGGCCCCGCUAUGGGCAGCUUGUUUUCCAACAUCACCAUCCUCAAGAUCAACGUGGUCAUAGUCUUUGCUUCUAAGGUGUCCGCUGUCCCGUUUAUCAAAGCAGCAAUCUCAAACAAGAUCUCGGACAAAGUGUGGAUAGCAAGCGAGACGUGGUCCUUGAACCAGCAGCUGCUUCAGGACACACAGAUCCAUACUAUCGGCACCGUGAUAGGGAUAACUAUCAAGGUGGUGGCUCUGCCUGGGUUGAGGGAGUUUGUCCACAGCACCAUGACGCGGGGCUGGAACGGCACAUGUGUCAACUCACCACACAUAGGAACCUGGGAAACAUGUAACCAGGUGUGCUCAGAGUGUUCUAGCACAGAUCCCCAGAGCAUUGCCGAUGAAGACCCCAUGUACAGCUUUAGCAUUUACUCUGCUGUGUACGCUGUUGCUCAUUCCUUGCACCAGUUCCUGGGAUGUGAUGCCGAAGGCUGUCGGAAAUCUGGGACAAUUAUCCCCUACCAGCUUCUUCAAACACUGAAAAAUGUGAAUUUCACACUCAACAAUCGUACUGUCUCGUUUGACAAAAAUGGAGACCCAGCUCCCAACUAUGGGAUAGUGGUUUGGGACAAGACAUUGCCUUUGUAUCACAGGGAGAUUGGUUCCUAUGUCUCAGAUCCAUCGAUCGCUUUCCAUUUGGAUGAAGAGCUUAUUCGCUGGCAUAGCAAUGGAACGGUUCCCACAGCCCUGUGCUCCUUGGAAUGCAAGGAGGGUCACAGGAGGAAAGUCAGUGGAGUUCAUACGUGCUGUUUUGACUGUGAGAUCUGCCCCAAUGGAACCUAUGUCAACAAGACAGACGAUCCCUAUACCUGCCAGAGUUGUGAAGACGAUGAGUGGUCUGACUAUGGAAGUACCCACUGUAAGAAAAGGACCCUGGAAUAUCUCCAUUACAAUGAAGGCAUAUCCAUCGGAAUUCUGCUGUUGGCGGGGCUGAUAUUCCUUCUGUCAGGAGCCAUAGCCAUCGUCUUCGCCCGUCACCACGACACCCCUGUCGUCAAGUCCGCGGGGGGCAAGAUGUGCUUCUUCAUGCUGAGCUGCCUGAGCGUGUGCAGCCUGAGCAUUUUCUGCUAUUUCGGGUGGCCCCAGCGGGAGAAGUGCACCCUGAGGAACCCCGUCUUCGUUGUGUUUUACACCGCCUGCAUCUCCUGCCUCGCCGUGCGCUCGUUCCAGAUCGUCUGCAUCUUCAAGAUGGCCGCCAAGCUCCCCAAGGCCUACGACUUCUGGGUCAAGAACCACGGGCAGUGGCUUGUCGUGGCCACCGCCAUCGUCCUCCAGAUCCUCUUGUGUGGCGUCUGGAUCGGCAGCCAGGGUCCCCGGCCCUUCAAUAACUCUGCCCUCUUCAAAGACCAGAUCAUCUUCGACUGCAACAUGGGCAAUCUUUACACCUUCGUUACAGUGAUCGCGUUUGUGGCCGCCCUCAGUGUGUUGUGCUUCAUGUUUUCCUACAUGGGAACUGACCUGCCCAAGAAUUACAACGAGGCCAAGUGCAUAACAUUCAGCCUGCUGAUCUUUUUCUUCUCUUGGAUCCUCUACUUAACAGCCUACAUGGUCUACCAGGGGAAGUACAUUGCUGCGAUUAACGCGUUCUCUGUGCUGGCCAGCCUGUACGGAAUUCUCUUGGGUUACUUUACUCCCAAGUGCUACAUUAUCCUUUUCAAACCAGAGCACAACACGCCUGCCCAUUUCCAAAACUGCAUUCAGAGCUACACCAAGAAAAUUAGUAGCGAGUGAAGAGUCAGACAACAAUGUGAGUCAGAUAACAACAAAAGAUAAAACACACAUAGAUGCAUUGUUUUUUUCCCCCAAAAAACAUUUUGAAUAAUCUUAUUUUUGCCUGUUGUUGUUAGGUAGGUCAUUUUAUUCACGCUACACACAAUGUCUAAAGCUUAUCCUGUUUUCUAGGCAUUGGAAAGCAUAUGCCUCCCCUCAGGGAGGGAGUUCUAGUACAUUACAAUGCCUGUUCCCAGCAAUUGUGUUCACAUUUACACAGCUGGACGGACUGCAGCAACUAGCUACCUUGCUCAAAGCACAUUACCAAUAUUUGCAGGAAAGACUUGAACCCAAAACCCAGCAGUUAUGAGUCUAGAGACUUACUCACUAAGCUAUGCUGCCCACUUGUUUUUGCAAAAUGGGCUGAAAUGUGUUUUAUGUUGUAAUUUACUAAUUAUUCUUGCACAUGAGGAAACACUUCUUUUUGCAUGUUUGUAAUUUACAUCCAAUCGUGGCUUUCUGUGCACUGUGAUCAACAACUUGAAUCAGAAAGUGUAGCUAUAGAAAAUCUAAUCACUCAUCUCUCACUGCUGUUCUCUGUUUCUAGUCGUUUGAGACUGAUCACUUUAUUGUCAGGGAUUUACAUGAAAACUAUAAUGUGGUAGCUGAGGCAGCAUGAUUUGAAAUUGAUUUGUCAAACUGUAUCAUUCUUAUUGUUUGAUGAUUGCUAUUGAUUAACAUGAGUGACAUUACAUUGAUUUUAUUAAAAAAAGAACAAACGGGGAUAAUAAAGAAUAU